UGUUUACUUCCUCCUCCGAACAACCCCGGGCGACAGGCAAUAUUAAUAUGCAUUUAAUGCAGUGUGUGUGAACAAGCUUUCUCGAGGUCAGACGAAUUUUAGUUUAUAAUUGGGGCAUUUCGACGACGAUAUCAUUAAUACCAUUGUGGCACACUGAAGAUAGCUCUACUCUUAUGGGCAAGGCCUGGUUCGGAGGCUCUGGAGAUCUUAAUCUGGUUUUUAACAAUCGGGUGGAGGGGCCACGUACAGGACAGGAGAUCAGCGGUCUGCGGUGAUCUGGGCAUGGGACAACAUUCCUGCAAGGAUUAUGGUGGCGUGGUGUCAUUAAUGGUCUUCUUAUUGACUGUUACGAAUGGGGAAUAUGUCGAUAAUGAUGGCUUGAUGUGUUAUAAGCCACCCCCACCAGCAACAAAUGAAAGUGAUCAUGGACUUUUUGAGUUUGCUGUGUCGGUUAAAACACCUGAAAGUUCUAUCAUCGGUAUUGCAGUAAAUGCCCAAGUCAUAUCCCAAACCCUGAGAAUUAGGCAUACUGAGCAAUGUAGCGUUUCUGGUCAUAUUGUGGUUAACAUAUCAGUUCCAAUUGUGCCCCUGAGCCUAGACUGCAAGUACAACAAGCCAGUUCAGACACCAAUACCAAUUUGGCAUUCAGUACACAUUACUGAUGAGUAUCUAAGCAGUGGAACAUCACUCAUUGAGGGAAUGGUAGAUUUUAAUGACAUUGUAGCAUCAGAUGAUGACCUUAAUGGCACCUGCCAAGUGACUCUACCUAUAAGCACAGGAAUUCUUAAGGGGCUACCAAAUAUUACCCUAGACUUUGACCUCAAAAUCUUAGGCUGUCCACAUGGUAUGUAUGGACUAUACUGUGUGCAACAAUGCACAUGCUUUGAGGGUGUUGAGUGUCAUCCGUUCACAGGAGCCUGUAUUUGCCCUAAAGGACUGCAAGGAAAAAUCUGCAAUUCUGCCACUCCUAUGGUAGUGACUGAACGUACGACUGUAUUUGUACCAUUUGGAGAACGUGUGGAUCUGAUCUGUGUAGUCUAUGGAAUGUACAAUCCAAUUAUGCAGUGGAAAAAAGGUGAAUCAUACCGGACCACAAAAAUCAUCCAUGCAAAUACACCGUAUUCUCCAAGCCCAAUUCAUAUGAUAACGAAGGUCGAAGCCACCACUGCAGCUGUAAAUGGGGUGUACACCUGUAGAGUGGAGAAUGCAGGGGUUGUCUACCAGAGUGAUGUCAACCUUAUCGUUACAGAUAUUCCACAGCCAUUUCUAGAAGGUCCAGUGAACGAGACGAUUGUCUUCAAACAGGGUACAAUGUUCCGCUGUCGAACCAAACCCCAAGCGGGUGCCCUGGCGUGGAUGAACGGUAACCAUAAAGUGCUGUCAAGGAACACGUCAACUGGGCCGUACAUAGUGGAGCAAGGUCCCGAUGAUGUGUCGCUCAUUUUCGAUGAGGUUAGGUUUGAGGAUGCUGGGAUGUACCGGUGCAUUGUUGGCCACAAUGGGGCCAAUGACUCGGUCAGCUUGGAUGUGUGGCUCGUGGUUCAGAGUCAAGGUAAAAAGCCGUUCAUCGCAACUUCAUUCCAGAGUGGACUACAAAACGACACCCUGAGGUUGUCUGAAGAUGAAGAAGUGGUUUUAGUUUGCGAGGUUGACAAGGUCUAUCCUGAACCUGUUAUCAGCUGGUUGCUUGGUAACGAGAGCCUCACUACCAAUGCCAAGGUCACCUAUGAUUACUCGGAUGAUGGUGUCUCGUUUAUUGUGCGUAGUCUCCUGACUCUCAAGCCAACUUGGGAUGAUAACGGCAAGGCGUUAGUCUGCGUCUCCAAGGUGCCUGACUUUAAUGAGGACCACAGCAGGGUCGUUGACUUGGAUAUAUCGUAUGCUCCUAAGGUAACUGUUCAUCCCAAGGGGGAGACGUUCCAGCCAGGGACCAGUCCUUCAUUUAAAUGUAGCGCCUUUGCCAAUCCAUCUUCCAACAUGACAUACACGUGGCUUCUCUCUGAGCAGAACAACACAAUCAUGAAGCACUUCAAUGGCGACUCAGUUCGAAUACAUGAUCUAAAGCCCCAUCACAACAAGGCGUCUCUCACCUGCAUGGUUUCAAAUGAUAUUGGGGUUAACAGUGACAGGGCUGUCAUCAGAGUCUUUGGAGGAUCAAACCCAAAUACAGUUAUACUUCAUUACACAGUGAUGGUCGUGGCCCUAGCGGCAGUCAUUAUUCUGAUAGUCGUCAUUCUCAUCAUUAUAUUCAGACAUCGAACCAAGAUAAAUAAGCUUUUCUUCAACCGUCAUAAGCUGGCUGGUGACAAAUUACAUGACAUCUUCGUAGCUUACAAGGGCGGAGGGGAAGAGGAGGACUUCAUCCGCCUGUCUCUGAUUCCAAAGUUGGAAGAGUGGGGAUGUGACGUGUGCAUCCACUACAAGAAUUUCAAGCCUGGUGCAGAAAUUACUGACAACAUCCAAACUGCCGUCUCCACCAGUCGCAAGACCAUCCUUGUCUUGUCCCCAGACUUCAUGGAAAGUGAAUGGUGCUAUUAUGAGUUUCUGUGCGCCAUGGAUGAGAUGCUGCGGGACCAGACUGACAUCAUCCCUCUCAUGUAUCAAGACAUCCAACACUUGGAGCUGUGUGACAGCAUGCAACAUCUUCUUCAGACGGUGUCGUACGUGCCCUGGCUGGGCGGGGACGGGGCGCAGGGCCAGACAGAGAGGUUCUGGAAACCGCUGAAGCGUGCUGUGGAGACUCAUCUAAAUGUUAAUAGAGUUAUAGGAGCGGACGGAAUUAAUGAUGAUGGUUGUGUCUUAAAUGACCAUGACGAAAUUGAACUUAUUCCAUAGUGUAUAAGCUAAUUCUGCCCCGUUUCAAAUCAUGGUAAAUAACAAAGAGAGUUUGUGAUUGGUAAUCACCACCACAAGCUGGUCUGUUUCUCGACAUUUGAACUAGGUGGUCCAAAAACAAAAAAGGCCUUUGGGGAUCCCAAAACCAAUCCAGUAUGCAUGGUUGAAAUAUGAAGAAAAAAAAACGCUUCUCGUGUUGUUGCACAGACAUUUCUUUUGCAUUAAAGACCUUGACAUUUGACAUUGUUCAACCCUAAAUGAAAAAGGAACAAUAUGAACACUUACCCUGAGAGAGAUGUGGCUUACUCUUGUGUUUCUAGCAUUGGUUUAGCCUUGAAAUGGCACAAUGGAAAUUCAAAACAUUAUUAUUAUACAACAAAAUCUGUAUAAUUUCUUUUUACCCUUACAGUGUAUUAAGCACUUGGUACUUUC